AUUAUUGUAAAUAUUAUCGUGCGUGAAAAGUGUAGAAAAAGCCGAAAAAAAAUCCAACAAAAUCAAAACCCAACACUCCAACUGCCUCAAAGAAAUUUGUGGGUCGCAGAGAUUUCUUGUUUUCAUUACAGAGACAAGGAGAGAGAUUAAUAACGAAAAUUAGGAGAUGGGUUUUUCUACAGACAAUCUGAAGGGGUUUGCGCUGGCUCUGCUCUCAAGUGGGUUCAUUGGAGCCAGCUUCAUCAUCAAGAAGAAGGGACUGAGGAGAGCAGCUGCUGCUUCUGGAGUUCGUGCAGGAGUUGGUGGGUAUGCAUAUUUGUUGGAGCCUCUUUGGUGGGGAGGCAUGAUUACAAUGAUUGUGGGAGAGGUUGCCAAUUUCGUUGCAUAUGCAUUCGCCCCUGCGGUUCUUGUUACUCCUCUAGGUGCUUUAAGUAUAAUUGUCAGUGCCUUCUUGGCUCACUUUAUGCUGAAAGAAAAGCUACAGGAUCUCGGGAUUCUUGGCUGUGUAAUGUGCAUUGCUGGGUCAGUUGUCAUUGUAGUUCAUGCACCACAAGAAAAAGCAAUCACAUCAGUUCAGGAAAUAUGGAGAUUGGCCACUCAAAUAUCUUUCUUGUUGUAUGUGGCUUCGGUGAUCGUGUUGGUUUUCGUGUUAGUUUUCCAUUUUGCUCCACGCUAUGGUCAUUCCAAUGUUUUGAUUUUCACAGGCAUUUGCUCCUUGAUGGGCUCUCUCUCGGUUAUGAGUGUUAAAGCUUUGGGAACUGCCAUCAAACUUACAUUUGAGGGUAAAAAUCAAUUGGCCUAUCCAGAGACAUGGUUUUUUAUGCUGGUGGUGCUAACGUGUGUAAUCACACAAAUGAAUUAUCUUAACAAGGCCCUCGACACAUUUAACACCGCCAUAGUGUCUCCAAUAUACUACGUUAUGUUCACCACAUUAACCAUCCUUGCGAGUGUCAUAAUGUUCAAGGAUUGGGAUGACCAAGAUGUUGGAAGCAUAAUCUCUGAAAUCUGUGGCUUCAUUGUUGUUCUCUCCGGUACCAUCUUAUUGCAUGUGACCAAGGACUAUAGUAGGAGCACCCCAAGAACUGUGUUCUCUUAUCAUGCAGGUGCAUAUCCACCUCUUUCUCCAUCUUUAUCAACUAGACUCUGUGGCGAAAACGGGGAGUUUUUGAAGCACGUCGACGAAGAAAUGCCACCUCCAGAAGAAAUGUGCUUAAGAAGACAAGAGCUCUACUAGAAAACUUUGAACCAAAAUGAUUCUAUUUAUUCGAGGAAGCCCAUGGUUGAGUACCAAGAAGCCAAAUAUGAGACAGUCCCUUCGAUUCAAGUCCCUCCAGAAUGAGAAAAAAAAUUGGUCUUUGUUCAGAGAACGACGAGAGAUGGGCUUCGGCGGUCGUGUAGUAUGUUUCGUGCUUAUUAUUUGGUGUGGCAGAAGAAAUAACGCAGUCGAGGUGUGUGAGGGGCGUCUGGGACGGCAACAUUCAUUUGUGCAUACGUGCUUAUCGAAUGUAUUAUAACAGAGAAGAUGACUUUUCUUAAGCAUAUUCACUUGUGCGUGCAUGAGCACUGGACGUAUCGCAACGGCGAAGUAGGGCAAUUUUUUUAGCCUUUUUUCUUCCUCUCGCCCUGUUGAAGAUGCAUACCAAUGAACAAUUGCUUGCAUCCUUUCCUUUA